AUGCAGGCGCUCAUGGAGAGCAUGACGGCCGAUGCCGGCUCUGCUCUGGGCCAUGCCGUCUGGGAGGCGCCGCCGCGCUCCGCUCCGCCAGCCGGACCGCCGCCGCCGCAGUCACGCGAGCCGCUCGGCAAAGAGACGUGGACCGAUCUCGAGGCUGCACUGCCCGAGAAGGGCGCCGCCGACACCGAGGUGCAGCCCGAGGCGCAGACGGAUGCUGUCCAGCAGGACUGGGCCGCAGCGGCUAGGCCAGUGGCCACGACACAGCCGCAAGAGCGUGCGCCGGAGAAGCAGCCGCUGCCACAAGCACCACCAGCGCCGCCGCAAGAGCCCCAAGCUCGACCUUCACCUCAGAAGGAGCAGCAGCCUCGUCCAGCUCCUCCGCUGCAACGCCCGCAUCACCUGCAACCGCAGUCGCAAGACACGCGCUCGUCAUCGCCUGCGCCACGUUCGCAGGCAUCGCUGCGCCAGACGAGCUCGCCCGAGCCGCAGGCGCCGCCGCGUCCGCCGUCGUACCGCACCGAGAGGCGCUCGCCGCCGCUGAGCUCCUCGAGCCGCGGCGCAGCGCUGAUGCCGCAGUACCCGCACGAGCAUGCAUCGCCACCGCCGCCGCUGCCGCCGCCGUCGAUGCUGUAUGCGGCACAGCGUCAAGCCGAGACGGACUCAUCCAGACAGGCGUACGUUGAGGACGGUUCCAGGCAUUCGCAGAACGAGCGCGCAUCGCUGCCACGCUCAAACGGCAGUGCCCGCGUGACAAGUCCCAUCGCACCGCCGUCGCUCGGCAUACCCAACGGCAGCACAGCAGAAGCCCAGCACAAGCAAGCCAGCACGGCGGCGAGCAAGACCUCGGCCAGCUCUCCGUCCGAGGCGCCCACAAUCGCACGCAUGCCGGCUUCGACGUCGUACCCGUCCACCUUCGCGCCGGCCUCGGACGCCGCCUCGACCAUCUUCGGCACCAUCGCCCGCCCGCCGGACAUGAGCGAUGCCGACUUUCUCGAGCUGCGCCGCACCGUCGAGGCCGGCGCGCGCCGCUUUGUCGAGGAGGAGAUGCGCCGCCGCGGCCUGCAGUAUGAGCCGACCGAGGUCGACACCAUCGCGCAGGCGCUCGCCGAGGAGACCGACGAGGAUGCCGACAAGCUCGCUGACAAGCAAGAGCAACUGCCGCAUCAGUACCAGCCACCGGGCCCGCUCGACUACAUGCCGCAGCUCGCUCCGAACGGCUUCGAAGCCAUGCCCGAGCCACACGUGCAGUACGAUAUGAUGCCGCAGAUGCCGCAAAUGCCGGCGCUCGGCCCGAACGGCUUCGAGGCCAUGCCGCAGCCGCCAUACGGCAUGGUGCCCGAUGCGUACGCGCCCUUCGACUCGGUCGGCGAUGCGCUGCAGCCGAUGGGACAGGCAGCGAUGCUUGCGGCUGGUGCUGCGGCCGGUGCUGCGGCUGGUGCCUUGUGGCCCACGCCGGUGUGGAGCGGACCGCCGCCGGCCUGGGACCCGUGGGCGCGCGAGCAGCAAGAGCAGCAUGGCGAGAGACCGCACGGUCCGACGCAGGACGACGAGCGCCAGCGCCAGUGGAACUGGGAGCAGGAGCGCGAGGCCAAGGCGCAGGAGGAGCGCGCCGGCUGGCAGGCUGAGGAAGCACGUCGCGCUGAGGCCAUGGCGCAGGAGCAUGCACAGCGCCAAGAGCAGCAGCAACAGCAACAGCAGCAGGCGCAAGCCCACCAGCAGCAACAGCAGCAACAGGCGCAACAGCAGGCGCAGCAGCACCAUCAGCAGCAAGCUCAGCAGCAGCAGCAGCAAGAUCAGACGCAGGCCCUCGAGCAGCAUGACGAGGAGAUGCGACGCCGACACAACGAGGCGGCGGCGCAGCACGCCCACUACUCGGCGCAGAUCGCCUACGAGCAGGCACACGCCGCACCGGCGCAGUCGUGGUUCGACGACGGCGCCUACGAGCCGCAGCUGCGGGCGCAGUACAGCGGCAGCAUGCCGCGGGCCAUGACCGACGCCGUGCCGCCGCCUCCGCCUGGCACCGCAGCUGGUCCAUGGUACGUGCAAAACGGCGGCGGAGUCCUACCCGAAGGCUGGACCGCCGAGUUCGACGACGCCGUGUACAUGGCCUGGUACUUUGUCGACCAGCGCCACUCGCCGCCGAUCAGCACCUGGCUCGACCCGCGCCGUCCGCGCUCGGUCGCCUCGACGAAUGCCAGCGGCGGCGAGCGUCGCCGGCCGCUGCGUUCGCGCGGACGCCGCAGCCGCCACCGUCGCGGCCGAGACGGCGACGACGACGAGUCCGGCUGGGGCUCCUUCUCGGCAGCAUCGGCGGCUGCCGCGGCGACGGCCCGCUCGUUCGAGGCGUACGAGCACAUGAAGGGCGCGUCCGGCCACCGCGGGCCCGUCGCUGCCGAGCUGGACCGCGAGCGCGAGGCGGCCAAGAAGGUGCGCCACAUCUACGAGGAGAGCCUGGCGGCGCCGCAGCGCCUCGUCGCCGCCGUGCGCCGGCAGGACGCCGAGGGCGUGGCGCGCGCCGAGGAGGACAACGCCCGCGUGGCGGGCAUGCGCGACCGCCUGCGCGAGGACGAUGCGGCGCGGGCGGCGGCGCUGCCCGUCGGCUUGCAGGGCUACGAGGGCCCGCACCGCGGCUGGGACACCUGGGCGCCGCAGAGUGCGCCCCGCCGCGGCUGGAUGGCGGCUCCGGGGCCCGGCGGCCUGCGUCCUGGUGCAGCAGCGCCCGCGAUCCUCGACCGCCAGCUGGAGCGCCAGCUGCGUGGCCGUCGCGGCUGGGGCCUGGCGGGCGGGCCGACGCCGGGCGUGCAUGUGCCGCUGCCGCCCGAUGCCCGUCCACCGCCCGACGUCGCCGAGGCCGUCGCGGCGGGCAACACCGCGGCCGACAUUGGCUGGCGUGCCGCCGGCUCGGUGCGCCCGCCGGCGCUUGGCUGGGGCUUCCGCGCCCCAAGCGCACGUCCGCGCCUGACCUCGCGAGGCUCCGCGGUGCCGACGCCGUACGGCAUGCCCGAGGCCGUCUUCAGCAUGGACAUGGCGCUCCGCGCCUCGCACGCGUCCGAGGCGCUCGAGGGCGUGUACCUCGGCAGCAGCCCGGCGCCCGGCGCACCCCCGGCGCUGCUCUUCCCGCCGACGGCGAGCCAGCUGCGCCACGCCAACAACGUCGCCGCCUUCUCGUCUCCCUCGUACUACUAG